AAGCUGUCCAGACACAUUAUUCCCGAAACUGAAACAAUUGUGAAGUAACCAUUGUAGAGUUUAAACAUGAAUCAGGCAUGUCUGUAUCAUCGAGCAAAUGAAGUGCAAAGACAUGAUGCCGAGGAAAUCAUUAUAGAAUAUGCCAAAAAAAUUGAAUGGCGUUUGGAUGGCUGUGAUGCCCUACUGGAUGUGGGUUGUGGUUCGGGAGAUGUAUUAAUGGACUUCAUAUAUCCCAUAAUGCCCAAACAAUUUGAGCGUAUAGUUGGCACAGAUAUCUCUGAUAAAAUGAUAAAGUUUGCAAAAAGUUGUUACAACAGUUACCCACAGUGUGAUUUUAAACAGUUGGAUAUUGCUAGUGAAGACAAAUUGCCUACGGAUUUGGUGGGAGCUUUUGAUCAUGUUACAUCGUUUUAUUGCCUACACUGGGUGCAAGAUCAGAGACAAGCUCUUAACAACAUAUACAGACUUUUACAUACUGCAGGAGGUGAUUGUCUACUUGUUUUUCUAGCGGCUAAUCCCAUCUACGAUGUCUAUAAAAUUCUAAGCAAAUCGAUAAAGUGGUCGUUUUAUAUGCAGGAUGUGGAUUCAUAUAUAUCGCCCCUGCACUAUUCCCCUGAUCCACAAAAAGAAUUUUCACAAAUGCUGAAAGAAGCAGGAUUUGAGAAUCUUCAGGUGGAGCUCAGGGAGAAAGUUUAUGUUUACGAGGGUUUGGAAAUCUUAAAAGACAAUGUUAAAGCUGUGUGUCCAUUUCUGGAUCGUAUACCCUGGUCCCAGCACGAUGACUUCUUGGAGGACUUUAUCAAUAUUGUCACAAAUUUGGAUUUAAGGCACAGUGAUGUAAAUGAAUCAAUACAAAAAUUCAACUCUCCUUAUAAACUGUUAGUGGCCUAUGCGAAAAAGCCGUCAAUGGUACCAAAACUCAUGAAUGAUUUUAUUACUUCAGAUCGCCAUAGCAAGAAUAUAAGUUGAGUAGGAGGUUCAUACACAUAUGUGAUUGAUAUUAUAUUUUAGAUGUACUAUAUUACUUACCAAGAAUAUAAAUGAAUAAAUGUUGUUAAAAUUUUUAGAUUUUA